AUUUUCUUUGAGUUCUGUUCUGAAAAAGCAAUGUGGAGAGGAAGAGAGGAGAUCAUCUACACUAUGUCUCUGUCUUACACAAACACACACACACACACUCACAUACACACACAGUUGGCUGUUGUUGGCUGUGACUGGGGUUCUGUGAGGAGAGUGGGGCUCAGUGUGACCAGGCAGAGGCCAGUGUUGCAGGCAGGCAGGCAGUGGAGAGAGUGUUGAGCCGCAGAGACGUGCCCAGGGUGGAUAAAUCAUGCUCACUGAGUGGGAGAAAGACACUGCCCAGGACACAAGAUGAAGGUAAAGAGGAAGACCUCCUCUACAGACGACAGUUUUUCUGACAUUCCUCCACUACUGACGCUCGUUGGCCUCCUCCUUCUUCUCUUCACAGGUGAGGUGUCAGGGGUGAAUGUAACCAGCCAAGCCCAGGUGGUGAGGGGCACGGUGGGCAAAGAGGCCCUCUUGUCAGUCAGCUACUCCAGCAGCAGCACUGACAAGCCUGUGAUUAAGUGGCAGAUAAAGAGAGACAAAGAGAAACCCAUCACAGUUGUGCAGUCCAUCGGAACAGACAUCAUAGGAAACCUGAGGCCAGAGUACCGCAACCGUAUCCUGGUGUUUGAGAAUGGGUCUCUGCUGCUUCACAACUUGCAGCUGUCAGAUGAAGGGGCGUAUGAAGUGGAGAUCUCUAUCACUGAUGACACCUUCACUGGAGAGCGCUACAUUGAACUCACUGUGGAUGUUCCUGUGUCCAAACCAUACAUCCAGAUGAUGGCCUCAUCUGUCCUGGAGUACAGCGAGCACUUUAACCUCCACUGUUCCCACGAUAAUGGAACAAAGCCAAUCUACGGUUGGCUGAAGGGAGGCAAAGUGCUGACCAAUGAGUCACGUCUGCUGCUUUCACAUGACCAAAAGGUGCUGACCAUCUCACGUGUCCUGAUGUCAGAUGAUGACGUAUACGCCUGUACGGUGGAGAAUCCCAUCAGCAGCAUGAAGAGCAUACCUGUCAAGCUCACUGUCUACAGACGGAGCUCGCUAUACAUCAUCCUGUCCACCGGUGGCAUAUUCCUCCUAAUCACCCUGGUGACAGUGUGUGCCUGUUGGAAACCAUCCAAAAAGAAGCAUCGACCUGUCCCCCAAAGAGCUCCAGUCUAUGUCGAGCAGAGUGAAAACGGCCAUGAUGUUGAUGUUGUCCCCAAACCAUCUACACUCGGUCGAAGGAGUCCCAUGCCUCUUUACGUUCUCAAUGAAGAUGAGACUCUGGAGCAUUUUGAAGAAUGUUCUGGCAAAGCUGUCAGCCAAUCAGAAAUUAGUAUCCCUGCAACCUAUGCUCCAGUCCUUCCCCCCACCUCCAACAGAACCGAGCGGCCCAUCUGGUCUGCCCCACGCCGAUACCCUCGCAGCCCCUCUCCACUGGCACAGCCUCUCCCACAUCCCCUUCCAGGUCCUCCCCUACGCCCCGUCCGCUCACCUGCUCACUCCCCUGGUUCAUCUCCACGCAGUUUCAGCCCGAUUAGAAAAGUCCGUCCUCCAGUAGGCAUCCCAACAAGCCACCUACCUGUAGAGCCAGAGGGUCCAGACCCUUGUGAUCAGACUCACUGUCCAUCACAGCAGUGACAGAUGCUUGGAUGUAUGUGUUCAUUCUGUGAUAUGUAAAAUACGUGUAUAGUUUGUUGGUCUUUUGUCGCAUCCUGUCAUGAAUAUUUGAUGAGUUCACUUUCAGCUAACUCUUUAUAUUCCAUUAUUUAUCAUCUAUUUCUCUGGCUAUGCACUGUUCUUCUGUAGUCUUUUGAUGAUAUCCUGUCCACCAGCAUGUAGUAUGUCAUGUAUAUGAUGCUGAGACAGUAAAGACCUUCCAGCUCUGGUAUAUAUUUUGCUUCUUGAUAAAUUCUGAAUUUUACUUGGAACUUUUGAUAAGUACCUGUACAUAUGUAAGUUAAUAGUUUUGGUUCAGGUUUUUUCCUUUUUAAUUAAACCACAACAUGUAUUCUUAUUCAACAUUAGGUCCUCUUAUAAUCUAAGGUAAUAAAAACUGUUUAAAGUUG